CCCCCGCUACCGGGUGCGGAGCCACACUGCCGUCCAGCGGGGGCCGGAGGGCGGUAGAGGCGCUGGGGGCGAUGCCGCGGCCGGGGAAGAGCUCGUACAGCGACCAAAAGCCGCCCUACUCGUACAUCUCGCUGACCGCCAUGGCCAUCCAGCACUCUGCCGAGAAGAUGCUGCCGCUGAGCGACAUCUACAAGUUCAUCAUGGAGCGCUUCCCCUACUACCGCGAGCACACGCAGCGUUGGCAGAACAGCCUGCGCCACAACCUCUCCUUCAACGACUGCUUCAUCAAGAUCCCGCGGCGGCCGGACCAGCCCGGCAAGGGCAGCUUCUGGGCGCUGCAUCCCGACUGCGGCGACAUGUUCGAGAACGGCAGCUUCCUGCGGCGCCGAAAGCGCUUCAAGGUGCUGCGCGCCGAACACACUCACCUGCACGCGGGAAGCACCAAGGGCGCGCCGGGCGCCGGGCCCGGAGGGCACCUUCACCCGCACCACCCGCACCACCCGCACCACCACCACCACCACCACCACGCGGCCGCGCACCACCACCAUCACCACCACCCGCCCCAGCCGCCGCCGCCCCCGCCGCCGCCGCACAUGGUGCAUUACUUCCAUCAGCAGCCGCCUCCAGCCCCGCAGCCGCCGCCGCACCUCUCGUCGCAGCCCGCGCCGCAGCCGCCCCAGCAGUCGCAGCCCCAGCCGCCGUCCCACCCGGGCAAGAUGCAGGAGGCGGCGGCGGUGGCGGCAGCCGCGGCGGCCGCGGCGGCCGCGGCGGUGGGGAGCGUGGGGCGCCUGUCGCAGUUCCCGCCCUACGGGUUGGGCUCCGCCGCGGCGGCCGCCGCGGCCGCGGCCGCGUCCACGUCGGGCUUCAAGCACCCGUUCGCCAUCGAGAACAUCAUCAGCCGGGACUACAAGGGCGUGCUGCAGGCCGGCGGGCUGCCCUUGGCGUCGGUCAUGCACCACCUGGGUUACUCCGUGCCAGGUCAGCUCGGCAACGUCGUCAGCUCCGUGUGGCCGCACGUGGGCGUCAUGGAUUCGGUGGCCGCGGCCGCCGCCGCCGCCGCCGCCGCGGGGGUCCCCGUGGGCCCGGAGUACGGGGCCUUCGGGGUGCCGGUCAAGGCCCUGUGCCAUUCGGCAAGCCAGAGCCUGCCUGCCGUGCCGGUGCCCAUCAAGCCCACCCCCUCGCUGCCGCCGGUGGCAGCGCUGCCUCCGACGCUCGCUGUCCCCGCGGCCGCGCAGCAGCCGCCGGCGCCGUCCACCGUGUGCCCUGCGGCUGCGGCCUCUCCCGCCGCCUCCCUGCUGGAGCCCACCGCCCCGACUGCGGCAGAGAGCAAGGGCAGCUCCCUGCACUCGGUGCUGGUGCACUCCUAG